UACUCAUCUACACACUCCCACGACCAUCAUCUCCUAGUAUAAAAAUCGAUACUAGUAGCCAUCCAAAUCUAGCCUCAGAAGCCCUUGAACCAAAGCCCCCAUUAUUACUUGUGCCUCCUGGAGGAGAGCCCGGCAGCCAUAGCCAUGGGAGGAAGCAAGAGGGGUCUGGGGAGUGUGAUCGUGUGUUUACUCGUGCUGGGGCUGGUCCUCAAGCAGGUGCAACAUGUAGAGGGCGUGGAUUGCGGCGGGAGCAUCUUCAAAGUGGCCUGCUACCAUUCUUGCCUUCUCGGUCCUAGUACAGUGUUUCAGUGCGCAGACUUCUGUGGCUGUCACCUCCCCGCUGACUUGGCCUUUGUACGCAGCUCCGAUGAACUAAACACCAUUGAGUAUUGCAGCUUAGAAUGUAGGUCUUCCAUGUGUGACAACAUGGUCAUGGUCAACAUAGGGCCUAGCUUGGACAAGAAAGAUGAACAUUGGAGCAAGAUCAAGCAUGGAGUUGAUGGCAUGCGCAAGGGAAACAAGAACGGAGUUUCAAGUGACGAUUUCACAACUUUGAAGCCAUCAUAAUGAGUGCAUGAAAGCUUGGACGAAAUAUACAAGAUGCUACUUCAUAAAUUUCAUCCAGAGGCUAUUAUAGGUGUUGCGACACCUUAUUAUUGGGGCAGACCCAUGCAAUUUCAAAAUACUUCAGUAUAGGCUUCUUUUAGAGUCCGUAUGUAUGGGAAAACAGAGUUAAGUGUUGGUUUCAGACCCCUCCUCCAUACGGCCCUACUCCAUAUAUACAGCCCUUAGGGCAUGGUUUAGACUUUGGUUUUGUUUAGAUUAAAGCUCCUCAUAGCUGUAACUUCACGUACUUUGUUUGUGUUCAACGACCAGACCAAGACGUCACAGAACCCCACCAUGAUCAAUAGAGCUUUCAUCUUAUA